CCUAACUGAUACAGAGAAGAAAAGGGAACACAAGUUGGAUUUCUCUUUCUUACUUCUUUCUUUUUCCAGAGCACUCCACGUUGGCACACACACACACACACAAAGACAGUCACUUGAGCUUAACCAUGACUGCAGAAAUUUGGGACGUUGUUAUUGUUGGAGCCGGACUAUCUGGACUAAGUGCAGCUCAUCUGCUCCGGAAAAGGAACGCAGAGAUGACUAUACUGGUAUUGGAAGGAAAAGAUCGUGUGGGAGGUCGAACACUGUCCACGGAAAUACCGGCAGCCAAUGGUGUUGAUUGCUGGGACUUCGGGGGGCAGUGGGUGGGAAGCACCCAAACACACGUCUUGGAGCUCAUAAAGGAGCUGGGCUUAGAGACCUACCCGCAGUACAAUACUGGCAAGAAGGUGCACCACAUGGGUGAACCAAAUGCCAGAGUUCGGACCUACAGCACCAGUAUCCCUCUUCUAUCCCCCUUGGUGAUACUGGACUUCGCCCAGUUAUUGUGGAAGAUCAACAGAUUGUGUGCCACAGUAUGUGUGGAGGAUCCUUCGAGGACACCCAAUGCUGCCGAACUGGACAGUAUGACUCUGCACUCGUACGUUGAGCAACAUGCAUGGACUGCAGAACUGAAAGAGGAGCUUGGGAUGUGUAGCAGGUCCAUCUUUGGCAUCGAGCCAGCCCAGAUGUCCUUCCUCUUCUUCCUCAUGUAUGCUGCCGCAAGUGGAGGGCUACUGCCGCUGCUGGAGAGCACCCCAGGUUCUGCUCAAGAGUUGAAGAUAAAGGGAGGCACCCAACAGCUUUCAGAGCAUCUGGCAGAACGUCUUGGGUGGAAGAACAUCCAGCUGGGCUCCGCUGUGAAGGCCAUAUGGCAGGAUGCUGAGUGGGCCAGGGUGAUGACUGCUACCAACACAUUCAUGUGCAGAGCUGUGAUCGUCACCUGCCCCCCACAUUUGGCAGCAAAGAUCCAGUACCAGCCAGCCCUGCCCAGCCAGAGAGAAUUCCUUACCCAGAACAUGCCUGUGGGCCACAUGAUAAAAUUCAUUAUUACCUACCAGACGGCUUUCUGGAGGGAGAAAGGCCUCUCUGGAGAAAUAGUGGCAGGAUCUUCCACCAACUGUCCAUUCUGUGUCACCUUUGAUGCCACGAGCCUCAGCGGUAAUGCUGCCUUGGUAGGCUUCAUUGCCGGCGAGCAAGCUACUCAGUGGAGCUCAAGAGAGGGCGAAGAGAGAAGAAAAGCGGUUGUUUCCAGUCUUGUCAGAUACCUAGGUCCUGAGGCUGCAUCUUUCAUCCACUUUGAAGAAAAAGAUUGGGCUAAGGUGGACUACAGCGGGGGCUGCCCUGUUAACGUCAUGGCACCCGGUCUGCUAACAUAUUACCACCCCAGCUUGAGGAAUCCCUGUGGCAGGAUCCAUUGGGCAGGCACAGAAACAGCCACCCAGUGGUGUGGGUACAUGAGUGGUGCAAUACAAUCAGGUCAGCGAGCUGCUCUGGAAGUCCUGGCUGAACUCUGCCCAACGGUCCUGACCCAGGAGGAGCAAGAAGCAGUGCGCCGUGGUCAAACUGUCAAGGCUCCUUUCAAGAGAAGGCAAUCAUCCUGGCUCACGUACCUGCCUUCAGGCAAGACUUUGGUCAUUUCUACAAUGACUAUAAGCGCUGCCGUCUUGCUGGCUCGUUGUCCGAAUGCAUUACUAAAGGUCAAGUCUUACUUUACGAGUGGACUUUUGAACAACCACGCACAGUAAAUUCAUUUGGUAACAAAAAAACUUUGAAUGCAUUACACCAUGACUUUGUAUUCAUUUAAACUGUGUCAAUUAAAUGCAAAUAGCUCUUUGA